AUAUAAGCGCUGCUACAGGACCGGUGUGCCGCUAGCCUGCUAAUAGUACCAGGGCAGCUGCAGCGCUGUACUCCGGCUGUAGAAAAAAGUGCAUAGGAGUUGAGUCUAUGACCUGUUAUACACUGUCACUGUGAAGCACACACCUCUAACACCAUCAGCCCGGACUGGGCUGUGUUCUAUGGAAGGACACUGGUAGUCUCAUGCAUGCACACCAAGCCACAUCUGCUGCUGCAGCCGUGGUGACUACUACUAGCCCCGGAGUGCCGGCAAGCCAUGGGGUAACCUCCCCUUCCCGGAGCCUCACAGCAGGGGUGUGCAGCACCUCCGAUCUCACACCCUCAGCUUCUCACGUGGUGCCUAAGCCCCCUGCAAGUGUUACCCUGUUGCCGGCUUCAAGUUCCCCAGCCUCUGUAUUCUCCGCGCCUGGAUGCACACCGGUAACAAAACUGGCCCCUGUUAGCCAAACACCCCAUCUGGUGACUGUUGCUCCCAAAAUGACAGCGCCGCAGCAAGGAGCACCCCCUAGGGCGUCCCGGGUGGCUCUCCAGUUGCCUGCAAACUUCCAGAUCCCUCCUGGCACUGUUCUUAUUCGAAGCAGCAAUGGGCAACUCAUGCUGGUCUCUCAACAGGCUUUGGCCCGAGCCCAGGCACAAGUACAGAAUGCAAGUGCAAGGCCCCCUAUCUCUUCCAGUGCUCCCACCGUUCAGAUCUGCUCUAUACAGACUCCAGGAAACCAACUGGUGGCCAACAGCACUGUGAAAACUGCACCUAUAUCCUUACCUUUAACCCCUGUUUCCCAAACACUCACAUUUCAAAGCAGCUCUUCUAUAAAGCAAUCUACAAGUACAUCAAACAAUGUUGUCAAAGCUUCCUCGGUCUUGCCUUCCAAUGCGAAUACUGCAGUCCCGAUGCCUACAGUAGUCAGAAUUUGCCCCACUUCACAAACAGCAGCAACCAGCCAAGGAACCGCUACAGUUAUAAUCAGGGCUUCUGUUCCAUCAGCCUCAGCUGUAACUUUUUCGUGCACUUCGCCUGUGGCCACCUUAACACCUAGUCCUUCCGUGGGAAUCACAGCUACACCUGCAGUCUGCUCUGGUGCCUCCAGCGUCACUGUUUUGCCUGUUGGGGCUCCUAAACCAGCGAUUAUUCCUGUUACAAUAAAUACUUGCACUUCACUUGUGGUUCCAACGCCAACUGUAUCUCCAUCACAGGCACCAGCGGUCACCUGUACUUUACCCAUGUCUGCUAGACCAAGUAAUAUAAAUGUUGUCAAAACCUUUGUCCCAACGAAUGUACUGCCAGCUAUUACAUGUGCCUCUACUAUCAAGUUAACGACUAGUAACAUUUGCGUCACUACUACAGCAGCUAGCCCUGUUAUUGUAUCCAGUAUAAAGCCGGCUGCUCCAGUGGCUGCCUCUCCAUUGGCUGAAAAUAACAGACCAGCACAACUACAAGCAAACGUUCCAUCUGUAUCCCCCAGUGUGAUUUCAUGCAAAACAGUGCCUCCGAAUAAACCACAAAGCAUUCGGCCUCCCAACGCCACAGAAGUCUUGGACAACGUGAAGAAAUGCAAGAACUUUCUUGCAACGUUAAUAAAACUGGCAUCCAGUGGACCUCGGUCACCGAUCAUGGGCCAAAAUGUGAAAAACCUGGUGAAGAACUUGCUUGAUUCAAAACUUGAAGCAGAAGAAUUUACCACAAAACUGUAUAAAGAGCUGAAGUCCUCACCACAGCCAUAUCUGGUGCCAUUUUUGAAGAAGAGUCUACCUUCACUGCGCCGACUGAUGCCAAAUUCCCAGGACUUUAUCUUACAGUGCGGUCACCAGAACCCUCCGCCAGCUACUACUGCCACAAACUCAGUCUCUUUUGUGAAGAUCACACCAACAACUUCCAUACAGACAGCAAACACACCUGGUUCUAUGGCACUUGGCAAUGUCAAAAUCCAGCAGAUUAGCCCUGCUCAGUCACUCAACACAUUGAAGCCUGUGAGCAUAAAACAAGUGGUAGUUCAGCAGCCAAGCAGUGGGAUUGUGAAGCAUGUGACCACACUGCCCCCCAACCCAGUGCUUAAUCUAAAUAAACCUGGAGAAAAAGAAAUCCCUCUGAAUGCACUUAUCCGAGCAGCACACCUGCCGCCAGCAUCCGUUCUAAAACAAGUCACCCUGCCAGGAAAUAAAGUUGUUUCCCUGAAAGCAUCUCCACUUCCCAUAAAAGAAAAUAGCACAGUAUGCUUCAGGGAGGAAGAUGAUAUUAAUGAUGUCACUUCUAUGGCUGGCGUUAACCUAAGUGAAGAGAGUGCCUGUAUUUUGGCAACAAACUCAGAACUAGUUGGUGCUGUGAUUCGAUCUUGUAAAGAUGAGCCCUUUCUAUUUACAUCUGCUCUGCAAAGCCGAAUCUUAGACAUAGGUAAAAGGCAUGACAUUAAGGAACUUAACUCUGAUGUUAUGAACUUGGUCUCCCAUGCGACACAGGAGAGAUUACGAGGACUUAUUGAAAAACUGACGGUGGCUGCACAGCAUCGGUCCACAAACUACAAGAGAAGUGAUCGAUUCAUCCAGUCUAGCGAUGUACGCGCACAGCUUAAGUUUCUUGAACAACUUGAGCACCUGGAGAAACAGCGCAAAAAUGAAGAAGAGCGAGAAAUGCUUCUUCGAGCAGCUAAGAGCCGGUCAAAUAAGGAAGAUCCGGAACAGCUGAGAUUAAAGCAAAAAGCCAAAGAGAUGCAGCAGCUGGAACUGGAGCAAAUCCAAUAUCGAGAAGCAAAUCUUACAGCAUUGGCUGCUAUUGGUCCUAGAAGAAAAAGACCUUUGGAUUCUCCAAGCCUUCAGAACGUACUAGAGGAGUCUCGUGCAUCUGGAUCUUCUGUUUUAAGUAUACCAAAGUCCGUUUUUGUUCCAAGAAUAAUUCGUGUUAAUCUCAGGGAUUUAAUAUUCUGUAUGGAGCAAGAACGAAGAACAUGUCAUUCUUUGUCACUGUACCAAGCCCUCUUGAAGUGAACUUUAGUGCAUUACUGUUAACGUAGUAUUGUUUUUGUUGGUGCACUAUAUUGGUGUAUUUCAUGAAUAUGUCUUAGUAGAAAAUAUUUUUUUUGUUACAGGUUUACACACACACACACACACACACACACACACACACACACACACACACACACACACUUAAACAUAAUCUGGUUUGUAGUUUGGAUGUUCCUGCUAAGCAAGUAGUUUGAGUUGCCAAAAAAAACUAUGAUGUUUGUAAACAUUUUUAAAGGAAACCACAAUUUUCACACAAAGAUUGCUUCAUCUAUGUAGGAUUUGGGGGUAUUUUGAUUAUGUAACUGCUAAAAAGCAUUACCCGUGAAAUAAACCCAAAGAACCAGUUUCAAA